AUAGAACCAACUUGACAAUUAUUGAAGUUGUAUUAAAUAAUUUAAUCAUAUCUACAUAUUGUAACUAACACAUUAAAUGUUUAUUAAUCUGAAACUAUCGAACACGUAAUAAUUUAUAUAAUUAAUUAGUUGUCUGAAGAAGUAAUUUAAUAAUUGAAGAGAAAUGGAACACAAGUAAUGUCAUGCGACAGCAAAAAGGUUGAUAUAUCAGAGUGUCAUCUACUGGGGAGAAAUUGUUUCAACAAAGGUGAUAUGGAGGUGCCGGUGCCCACUCCAGGAUUCCCCAUCCAUUGGAAAGAAUUUGUCUGUGGUGGGGGUUCUGCUUUCUGCAAUAUACUAAUAAGUUAUCCACUCAACAAACUCAUCUUUAGACAGAUGAUGCAUGGAGUGGAAACUACUUUUGCAUUAAAUCAGUUGCAGAAAGAAGGAUUAGCUUACUUAUAUCGGGGGAUGUUGCCUCCAUUGAUGCAAAGAUCCCUGUCAAUGUCACUUAUGUUUGGUAUAUAUGAUGAAUGUCUAAGACCACUCCUUAAUCAUAAAGUUAAUCCUUAUGUUGCUAAAACAAUAGCUGGAGUUGCAGCAGGUUGCUUUGAAGCUACACUUAUGCCUUUUGAAAGAAUUCAAACACUACUCAUUCAUCCGAAAUACCAUAAGCAAUUUAAGAAUACUGCUCAUGCUGCUGGAUACAUUCUAAGACACUAUGGCGUUAAAGAAUUUUAUAGAGGAUUAAUUCCUAUAUUAUUAAGAAAUGGCCCUUCUAAUGCUAUGUUUUUUAUUAUCCGUGAUGAAGUUCGUGAUAGGCUACCAAGGCAAGAGCGUCUCAUAUAUCAGAGUAUGCAAAAUUUUAUAGCUGGUGCAUCAAUUGGAGCUUUUUUGAGCACACUUUUCUAUCCUCUGAACGUUAUUAAAAUUGCUAUGCAGUGUGAACUAGGCGGACCCCAUAGAACAAUAUCGUAUGAAUUUAAAUAUAUCCUAAGUAAGCGUGGCUCGAAAUUUUCUAAUUUCUAUCAUGGAGCUUUAUUAAAUAUAUCACGAGCAUUUUUAAGUUGGGGUAUUAUAAAUGCUUCAUAUGAAAUUUGUAGGAAAUUAUUAUAUGCCUAGUCAAAUAGUAUUACAUAGGUAUUGAAAUGUAUAUUGAAGUAAUUGUAAUUUAAUUGAAUUCGAAAGUGAUUUGGGUGCUGUGGAUUAUAAAAAGAACAAUUGUUAAUAGCUUACCUGACUAUUUAUUCAUGUCAUCAUUCUGUCUCUGUGACUAUAUAUCUAUUCAAAGUUAUAGAUAUAUAUUCGAGAGUUCUAUAUUCAAUUCUAGUAUACGUUUUCAAUCUUUAUAAGUAUUUUCUUAAUAGUACCUAUAACUCUUAUUUGGUACAUGGCUAUUGAAUGAUGAAUGUGUACACAAAAAUCACAAUGCAAUAAUUAUUUACAAUAUAUAUUUAUCAAUAUUUAUUAUUGCAAAGUUUAUUUUAAGUAGAUAAUUUUUAUCGUGAAUUUUAUUUAAGCAUUUAUUUGUAAAUAUAUUUGUUAUUACCGAGUGCUUAUAAUUGACAGUCCUUGAUAUUGAUUCCUAUCAGUUGUAUAUACCAAUGAUGUAAUCGUCAUCAAUCAAAACAUCUAAUAUGCUAUCUUUUUUGUUUUACAAUAUACAAUAAGGAGUUGCAGUAGUAGGAAUCAAUUUCUUUGGCUAAAUUAAUGUUAUCCUGUCCCAUUUUAGAGCUUUAUCAAUGUGAAUAUUAUAUAAACAUGAUCUAUAAAUCAAAAUAUCUCAUGAGAAACUCAUUCUGCAAUCUGUAUUAUGAAUAACGUAGUAGACGCUUAUAUGUAAUACUUCGAACAGUGUAUUUUGUAAAUUAUAAAAGGGUAUGGGUGAAUGCAUAAACCAGAGAUAGCGUUUUAUUUCUUGUAAUGGCGGCUGACAAUUUUAUUGUUAGUUUAUAAUUACUACUUUAAGAAAUAUUUAUGAUUAAUAACUUUUACCGUAUAUAAUAUCGGAGCUGAGAUGAUUGAGUUUAAAAUUGUAUAUACCUGUACAUAGAUAUGUAAUAUUCUAAUUCAAAUGCCUCCGAUAUUCUUUAUCUACAUGGUUCCAAUCAUAAAAUUCAAAUAUUACAUUUUCUUGAGUGUCCAUUUAAGCUCAGUCGUCAGUCGAAAAAGACAUCGAAUUUACUCAUACCCCUUUAUAUAUCACUUAUUUGUGGUCUCUUAGGAGCAGGCUAUAAAGGCCACAUUGCCGGAUUCAUAAAAUUAUUCAUUUCGUAUAACUUAACUGAUGAAACGAUAUUGGUGUUAUUAUGGUGCACCACGAGAUCCUUAGUAUACAAAAUUAAUUUAAUUGUGAUUUGCGAAAAGUAGCUAUUUUAACCUCCCAGGCAGUGUUUGUUUUACCUAAAUUGCUGUAUUUUCAUAGAGCAAUACUUAAAUGUAUCGGUGCAUUACAUGAUGUGUUACAUAUACCUAAUACAGACUAAUACUAAUCUCAUAAA